AUGGCUACAGCUCAUCAAACGUGCAAUGUAAAAUGCGAAAGUUACACAAAUUCUAUCGUUCCUCGUAUCUAUAACCAUUUGAUACAAGGUUCGUACGGCGAUUGUGUUCUUUCUGCUGAAGGUAAAUUUAUUCGCUGUCAUAAAAUAAUUUUGUCAAUCUCGUCAGAAUAUUUCGAAAAAGUAUUCAGUGCAAGUUUGAAGGAAAGACCAACAAUUAUUGUUCUUGGAGUGAAGUUUAUCGAUCUUUGUCUCCUUCUGGAUUUUGCUUAUCUUGGCCAAGCACAAGUUCCUAAUGAUCGACUUGAUGAUUUUUUAAAGGCAGGCGAAAUGCUUCAGAUUCGUGGCAUUAAAGAAGGCAGAAUUCAUUUUAUAACCAAUCAGGUACAUGCGGUACAACCAACUGAUUCUAAUCGUUCAUUUGAUCCAACGAUUUCAAGCACUGAAGACAAUUUCAUAGAUCAACAACAACAACAAUCAGUUCCAAACAGAGCAAAAGAAGAGGACGAUGCAGGACUCAAUGAUGUAUCAGAAAUAAUGAAAAUGUUGCUUGAAAACAAUCCUGACUUAGACGUGUCUUCAGUUUUGCCAGAGCAAACAAAGUUAAUUCCAUUAAGCGAUGCUCAAAAUACAACUCCGAACAUAACUCCAGUUUCUAAUUCCAUGACAAUUGAAUUAAUCGAUCCAAUGCAAAUUGUAAAGCUUCCAACAAAGCCAAGUGCGGAGAAGAAAAGAAGCAUUACAAUCAAUAAGAAGAUUAAGUUGAGCUGUAAGUUUUGUGGACGCGUCUUGUCUACACAGGGCCGGAUCAUGAAACAUGAAAAUGAAUGUAACGAUAAUCCUAACCGUGCAACUGUUAACUGCGAACUAUGCCAUCUGGAAUUGAAGCCGAGUUCAUUGACACAUCAUAAGAAUGUCAAACAUGGAAUUAAGAAAAGUAAUGGAAGUGUUGCCAGUGACGAUGGAGGUACAUUGAGUCCUGAUCCCCAGUCAUUCAAUGCUCCUUCAAACCAUAAUUUAAAUUCCAACGAUUGUCCAAUUAAGAAUCUUUUAUUGAUGCAAAAUCCUGUUGAAAGUCUUCCAUUACAUAAAUCUCCGAAAAAAGUUAAAUUUAACAUAAAUUCGUUAAACGAUUUAUCUAUAAAAACAUCGAAAUUGGAACAACAAACUAAUUCAGAAACUUCUGAAGGUUUGGAAACGAAAUCUAAUUUCUUAAAAGAUGAAAUAGAAGCAAUUGAAAUUGAUCCUCUUGAGUAAAGUUGAACAAACAGCGACGAAUAAUGAGAACUUUUCAUCUUCAUUCUCAACACAAUUGAAAAAAUAAUUAAUUAAAAAAUUAAAUGAAAUAAGUGCUUAAAAAGUAAAGACAAUGAAUAGAGAAUUACCUUAACGAAUUAAAACUGUGAUCAAACGCAAAAGUUCAUGAAUUAAAUUUAUAAAUUAAUUUUGAAAACUCUUUAAUAAACAUUCCUUAAUAUUCUCAUAUAGAAUUUAAUAUUUUUGAAAUGUUCAUAAUCAAUUAGAAAUCUUUGAUUGUCUUAUUUUUUAUACAUACUACUUGAAUGAUUGACAAUGUCACGCAUAUUGUUGACCAUUAAAUCAAAGAGAAGUCGUACAAAUGAAAUAUUUAAAUACUUGGACUGAGUUUUCCAUCGG